AUGGCCGCCCGUUUCCUUCUCGCCGCGCUCUCCAUCGGCGCCGCCACCCUUCGGCCUGCCCAACCUCCCCUGCAACGGGGCUGCUUCGCCGACCAGAUGUACCGCUGCGACGACGGCGCGCUGAACCUCCGCGGACCUCAGAAGACGCCCUUCAUCCUCAAGACCGCCUCGGCUAGCGCGCACGUCGACGGGCUCGUCAUCCGCGCGUGCGGUGGUUACCUUGCCAUUGGCGCGGGAGCGAGGGAGUGCCACGGGUGCCAGGACGCAGAUGGCGUGGACUGCGAGGAGUACGGAAACCAGGUGGUUUUGCUGCCCAACGGUGAAAUGGCUGUGGAUGUUGAGGGAGGCCAGGAGUGGUACAUCCGCCCCAGCGACGGAACUCUGUCCUACACCAGGCCGGAGGACACGACUACCGAGGGCGAAGGCCUUGGCGGAGAGGGAGUUUCUAUCUUCGAGGACGGCUUCUUCGCCCCCAAGAGCCAUCCUUACUGGUUGUCUUGCCUCCGUACUCUUCCCGGCGGCACCCCGGGCACGACAAGGAGCUACAGGCUCUACUCCCCGAGCGCCCCAGGCGUCGCCGACCUCAAGUGCGACCAGGUCAAGCUCGUCGCCUCCUCGGCGGAUAAGAAGGAUGGCGCCUUCCAAUGGCACUAA